UUUCCAUCUGACGUGGCACAGCUCCCUCCCACCAUCGCCAAUUCCCAUCUCCCGUACCAACCGACGACCAACCUCCAGAUACGAACCCUCUCGACCGAAAAUGCAACGCCAUCGCCAUCGCCUCCUCUCCCUCGCCCGCUCCCUCGCCUCCCCCAAAUCCCGAUCCCAAUCCCAAUCCCAAUCCCGACCCCUAACCUCGACCCCUCCCCUCCUCCUCCAAACCCUAGAUCCAAACCCUAACUCCCCUCCCUCCCCCCCUCCCAAAACCCUAGCCGAGCUCCGCCGCCGCCUCGCCGAGGAGACCCCCGACUUCUCCGAUUUCGUCUACUCCGUCGAGGUGGGGACCAAGAAGAACCCCAUCAAGAAGCCCGAAUGGAUGAAGCAGAAGAUCCCCGGCGGUGCCAAGUACGCGCAGAUCAAGUCCAAUCUCAGGGAGUCGAAGCUCCACACCGUUUGCGAGGAGGCGAGGUGUCCGAAUCUCGCAGAGUGUUGGUCUGGGGGCGAGACUGGGACUGCCACGGCCACGAUCAUGAUUCUUGGUGAUACUUGUACUCGCGGUUGUAGGUUUUGUCAUGUUAAAACAUCAAGGACUCCUCCUCCACCAGAUCCAGAUGAACCCAUUAAAGCCGCUGAAGCCAUUGCUUCAUGGGGUGUAGAUUAUGUGGUAAUCACUAGUGUGGACCGUGAUGACUUGCCUGAUCAAGGAAGUGGCCAUUUUGCUGAGACUGUACAAAGCCUGAAGCGUCUGAAGCCAGAGAUGCUGAUAGAGGCACUUGUUCCUGAUUUCCGAGGAGACUCAAAAUGUGUAGAGAGGGUUGCAACAUCUGGACUGCAAGUUUUUGCUCACAAUAUCGAGACAGUUGAAGAGCUUCAGGGUGUUGUGCGAGAUCGCCGCGCCAAUUUCAAACAAUCACUUGAUGUUCUUAAGAUGGCAAAAGAAUAUGCCCCGGUUGGAACUCUUACGAAGACUUCUAUUAUGUUAGGUUGUGGGGAAACACCUGAUCAGGUGGUCAGCACUAUGGAAAAAGUGAGGGCAGCAGGAGUUGAUGUCAUGACAUUUGGUCAGUAUAUGAGGCCAUCCAAGCGGCAUAUGCCUGUUUCAGAGUAUGUUACACCAGAAGCUUUCGAGAACUAUCGGUUGCUUGGCGAGGAAAUGGGAUUUAGGUAUGUUGCAUCCGGUCCUAUGGUUCGAUCCUCGUACAAAGCAGGCGAAUAUUAUAUCAAGUCAAUGAUUGAUGCUGAUCGAGCUGCAGCUUCUGCUUCACUUUCUGGGUCAUGAGGUAUUGAGGUGGAAGCAGAUGAUUUUUCAGCCCAUUCGCCAUUUAAUCACUUGACGUUCGUCUUCUCUCGUUAACACUAGAGAUUAUUCGAGUGUUCACUGCUGCUGCUUGACCUUUAUAGUAAAAUCUCCUGAUUCUAUGUAAUUUUUCUACAUUGGGUUAUGUUGUCAAUGUAUUUAAUUUGCAUAUGAUGCAGAAAUAAUGUAAUUGAUCUCACUGAAAAUAAUACAACCAUGAUAUCUGUCUAAAGGUUGGCUGAUUUCUA